CGCUUUUUCACAAGUCUUUAUUGCGCGCGUGAAGCACCAAGCACCGACAGGAGCGACCAUGACGGACGCGGACGUCUACGCGUACGAGCAGGAGUUCAAUGAGAUGGACGAGUGGGAGGCCAUGCAUGCGCACGAGAUGGAGGCUGCGGAGGAAGAGAUGCGCGCCAUGGAGGCCUUUGAGCGUCGGCAGGAAGCGGAGAGCCAACUAGAGCAGCCCAAUGCCUCACUGCCACCUCCAACCAGUGAUACUGGUAACGCUGUAGAGAGACCGGAUGAUGGUCUUGAGAAGGCACAGAAUCGCUUAGACCAAGUACUGGCUCGAUGUGCUACGCUAUUGGGCGAGGAUGGCGAUGACGACGUGACCAUGGACAUUGCUGCCCAACAGAGACCCGAGCACAAUGUACGCAAGGAGAAACAGAACGCUGUUGCGAAAGUUGACAUGAUGACAGCUGAGUAUCUGUACAGUCGACCACCAAUUGAUGUGGAUUCGCUUCCCGUAGUACUGGAUGAUGACAAGCGGAUGUUCCUACGUAAGAAGCGACCCAGCUCCAAGCAUAUCACCUCUAGCCAUGUUCGUAGUGCAGCGUCGUCACUCGUCCCCAUCAAGGGAUUAAUGGAAACAGUCGAGCGGAUGGAGAUCGAAGAAGCAGCUGCAAAGGAGGACGAGGCCAUGUUGCAGGAGCUAGAACGACUUAAUAAUGACGAGCUCCGUGCGUCGAAUGCAGUGUUGUGGUUGGACAAGUACAGGCCACAGAGCUUCUUGGAUCUAUUGAGCGACGAGCGAAUCAACCGUGAAGUGCUGUCUUGGAUCAAGUCGUGGGAUCGAUUUGUGUUUCCAAAGAAGAAACGACCUAACGGGGUUCACCCAGUACCACCUGCCAAGACGAACGCUAAUAAGGCUCCGUGGAACCAGGAACUUUCACAGAAUCCAUCUAAUGGCAAUGCCGUGGAGGACGACGAAGAUAAACGCCCGUUCAACAAGAUCAUCCUCAUCUGCGGUCCUCCUGGAGCAGGUAAAACGACGUUGGCCAACAUUGUUGCACGUCAUGCUGGCUACAAUCCUAUCGAAGUGAAUGCGAGUGAUGACCGCACAGCAUCUGUGCUGCGUAACAAGAUCAUCAGCGCUAUGGAGAUGCAGUCCAUAUGGGGCGAACGCAAACCCAACUGCAUCAUUCUGGACGAAAUCGAUGGUGCCAUGAAUGGCAGUGACGGGAAAUCUGCGAUCGAAGUCAUUCAAGAGAUCGUCAAUGCGCCUCUGCAACGGAAGAAAGCAGCUGCAAAGACUGCGGCCAAAAACCGCCACCCGUUGACUCGCCCACUGAUCUGCAUCUGCAAUGACCUAUACGCUUCUGUGUUGCGUCCACUGCGUCAAAUGGCUAAGAUCUUCACACUGGAUGCACCACACUCUCAACGUCUCGUGACACGUCUGAAAUACAUCUGUCGUCACGAAGGUAUUAAGGCUUCUACAGGUGUACUAGCAACUCUGUGCUCAAGUGCUGACAACGAUAUCCGCUAUUGUCUUAACACACUUCAGUUCCAGACUACCCAGUCACGUGGCAAGUCGGCGGUGGUGACUCUGAGUACUGGACUCGUUGCUCAUAAAGACCACGUUCACGGCAUGUUCGAAGCGCUGGAUCUCGUGUUUUACGAGGCGCGUUCGAAAUCUGCUAAAGGAGACGUCCCUGUGACUGAGAAGAUCGAUGAAGCUGCUGCGUCGCUGGGAAACUUCCCUCUACUGAUCAACGGUUUGGACGAGAACGUGCCCAAGAUGAUCUUCAAUGACCCCACAAUGAACAAGAUCUGCGACGUCUUCGAGUGGCUUGGACUUGCAGAUGAGUACGAAUAUCGCGCUCGCUCUGAACAGCAGUACGCUUUCCAGGCUUACAUUCCAUUUGCUGCCAUUGCGACGCAUGCGGCGUGUUGCACAAGUUCCAGACGUCGAGUGGAGUACCCACGUGCGCAGUUCGAGGCUCAAAAACGACGGGAUCGCUCUGAGAAUAUCCUUACAGCACUGACAGAGGGAGCGCAGUUGCAGCCAAUCUUGCGCAUGAGCACCAGCGUCCUCGUCGUGGAUGUGAUUCCAUGGCUGGUUGCGAGUCUAUCUCCCAACAUUCGUCGUAUCAAUCUGUCGCUGCAGACUAAGGAAGAGAAGCUGAUGAUUCAGCGGCUCAUUCAGUUGAUGGCGUCUCUGGGACUGUCGUUCCGUCACAAAUAUCGACCCGACGGCAGCGAAGACUACGCGCUCGAGCCUGCGCUGAAUGAACUGGUGGAGUUCCGAAGUAGUGAAGGUGGUGCAGCGUAUCAAUCCAUGCUGCCGAUGGCAGUGCGCAAGAUGAUAGCUCGCGAGGUGGAGCUUGAGCAGAUGCGUCGGAAUGAAAAAUCGUCCCCAUCAACUAAGCAGAACAACAGCAAGGCAUCGACCGUGAAAGUCGACAAAUCCAGCGAAGCCACCAUAGAAGAGAAGGCUGCAAAGGCCGCCUAUGUGCUGCCAGAGCUCAGCGAGGCGGAGCUGGCGAAGAAGGACGAGGCUCUGCGCAAGCGUAACCCGUUCGCAUUCGCUCAUCGUGAGGCCAAACGAAAACGCGACGAGGAGCUGAACGCCAAGUUCAAGCAACAGCGCACGAACGAUGCGCAUGCACACUCAAUGGUGCGCUACAAGUUUAACGAAGGCUACACGUGCGGCAUCAAGACAGCAGUGUACGUCCGUGAUUUAUUAUGAAACCACUGACCGGUCGACCGUAAUACAAGUUCUCUUCUAGCCUCAUGCGUCUCUAC